ACGUCAGUCUCAUGCUGGAAAACAUUACAGCCUUUCAUUUUGCGGAGGAAAUUUAUUCAUUAUAUCCUUGUAGAUUACUUAAAUUACUUUAUGAGAGUUUGUGUGUUUGCUGGACUAAAAUAUCUUCUCUACAUUUCAUUCCAGAGAGACUCGGCGCAGAAAAGUAGUACAGGUACUGUGACUCGAGUUUAGUUACAUAACCUGCUCUUAUAAAAACGUAGGUGCGUAAUGAAGAAAGUUGCAAGAAGAUUUAAGUCAUUACGUUGGUUUUGAAAUCCACCUGAUCUGUAGGAGGUGGCCGUUUUUCAAUUUCUAACUUAACAAUGUACAUGCAUACUAAGUAGUACAACGAAGAGAAAAAAAAAAAAAGUUUGGGCUUUGAUGAAGAAGGUUAUAGUCCUGGAGACGGCGCGUUUGAUCUCUGAUACUGAACAGCAUCGUCAUUUGUACAAAAAAUUACCGGUAUGUUAUUUUCUGAUGAUGAAACUAUUAUGCUCGCGGGUAUAUCUGGCUGCUUUCGCCUGCAUGCUGCUUACCAUGUACUUGUGCUUCCAAAAUCUACCACAGGCGUCUUUCAAUGCUCCUUUCGUGACUGAUAAUAUUGUGAUGGACCCCAUCACUGUUCUAUUAUGGUUGCACCCGUUUGGGAAAAAACGGCCGAUUCCAGACUGUGCGACACUGUACAAUAUCCGAGCAUGUACGCUCACGACAGACAGGGAUCAGUACCUGCGCUCUCAAGCAGUUAUCAUUCACCACAGGGAUAUUAGGGGCAAUCUUAGUGCACUGCCACAGGGACCUCGCCCAGUGUCACAAAGGUGGAUCUGGAUGAAUUUCGAGUCUCCAACUCACACUCCAGGUCUGAAGAAACUGGGGGGCAUUUUUAACUGGACCAUGUCCUAUAGGUCAGAUUCAGACAUCUUUGUUCCAUAUGGUUAUCUGUAUCCUAAGAAAGGCUAUGGGUCUAAGAUGGUCAGUCUACCCCACAAGAAGAAACUGGUGGCCUGGAUCAUCAGCAACUGGAACAAGGAGCACUCCAGAGUGAAAUAUUACAUCAGACUAAGGAAACACAUUCCUAUUGAUGUGUACGGUGGACAGGGCAUGGAGCUGACCAACAACAGUAUUGUACAGACCGUUUCACAGUACAAGUUCUACCUUGCCUUCGAAAAUUCCCAACAUCCAGAUUAUAUUACUGAAAAGUUAUGGAGGAACGCUUUCAUGUCAAGUGCAGUUCCAGUGGUUUUGGGACCAGGAAGAGCUAACUAUGAGAUGUUCUUACCUCCAGACUCCUUUAUUCAUAUUGAUGACUUUCGCAGCCCCAAAGUGCUCGCUGCCUAUCUGAAUUUUUUGGAUAGAAACCCCAAACUGUACAAAAAGUAUUUUAUGUGGAAAAAGCAUUACAAUGUUCAUGUUUCCUCCUUUUGGGGCGAACCCUAUUGUUCAGUAUGCAAAGCCAUUAGGUCAGCAGGGUCUCAGACAAAAACUAUAUCAGAUCUGGCCCUGUGGUUUGAAGCUUAAAGGUAUAGUGUUAUCGUAUAGGUUGAUAUUGCCAUGUGUGUCACUAUAAUGAAGAUACAGUAUAUAGAACAUCUGCAGGUACAUUAGGCUAAUAUAAAGUGGAGUACAGAUCACAAUCUGUACCACACUAAACAUGCCUUGUUACUCCUUGCUUGAUGUUUCUAAUACUUAUAAACUAUUUAAUUAAACAUCCAGAGACAGCUAUAAAUGUUUUGCACAGUCACCACAGCAUUAUGAUAUUGAUGUUUGGUUUCUACAGCUGUUAUCCGCACGCACGUCAUUAUGAUAGCAUGGCUCACAGUAUAGGGCAGUUUGGACUAGCAGGCCGUGUCUUUUUUAAAGCUGCGGGAGAAAAAUAACCCCUAUUUAAUGUUUGCUCUGGCUUUUCUGAUUGAAAAAAGAUACUCUAAUUUAUACUCACAUCCUUAAUGUGCUGAUAAUGAUGUUGUGGCAAGCAGGCUUCAGGAGCUUUAGAGAUAUUCCUUCUUUUUUUCAUUGGCCCUGAUAUUGAUGUGAUUCAGUCAUCUGACAUUUGUAUUAGAUGGCUUGUGUCAGACAGUUUGCAUCAGAUGGUUACUUUAUAUAAUACAAACUUACAGGGUACUUUAAAAGCUAAUUUUCACCCGACUCCCAAGUCAAGCAUGACAUAUGUCGGAUAUCUGCUUGUAUUGUACAACACCCAAUAUAACACCCUAUAUACAGAGUAUUCUGGUAAGACACUGUACUGUAGCUUUAACCUAACAUUGCACAUGGAAAAUUGCUCUGUAAAUAGCAUGCUCAUGAAGAUAAAGAUUUUGCCCUCUUACCUGUGAGAAAGGGGCUCUGAUAUUUUUCUCACACUCGUUCUCAGGAUUCACUUCUUUGUGAAUAAUGAAAUGACUUUUCCAAAGUCGAAGGGAACAUAAGGUCUAGAAAACUGAAUGAUAUGCAGGAAAACUAUAUUGUUUUCAAAUUAGAAUAAAAAAAAACCUCUACACCUUUAAAAUUAGGUGCAGUGUCCUAGUUAUACUAAAAAGUGGCUCCCUGGUUUACUGGUUGGGCAGUAGUGUUACAUUAUUGUAUUCCUCUUAGAAAAGGGGUGUUUACAUGUGCACCGGAUUCUGACACAUAUGAUUACUUGACUGGUCCUUCUAGCAACCUUGCAGGAAAAGCAUGGGACAAGAAAACAGUUCCUGGUAUAAAGCUGUUGAUUAUUUAUUCAAUUUUAUAGUAACAUUAUUUCAUAGUCAGUAAUCUUUUACUGAAGUGUUAGCACUGAGUUCAAAGAAAGAUACAGUUCAUGUUUUAG